GACGGUGAGGGCAGAAUGAAGGCAGAAGUAUAAUUUUCAAACACUAAUUAAAUUCAACACGAGAGAAAACAAAACAAUGUUUCCAAAAAAAAAGCUAAAUGAAAGCAUAACCAAAAUAAAUUAACAGCGGGUGCGAAAGUAUCCCUUUCGAAGUCAUUCAUUUUUUUUGUCAAUAUGGCGUCGAACAUGCGCUGAUAUUUGGAAAUGUUUAUAUAAUUAACAAAUUAAAUACAAGUCUGUCUGUCGGUGAGAGAGCGGCUGGAGCGAACUGGGAUCUAACAGUGCAGCAAGACAGGGGGCCAGCAAGACAGAGCUGUCAGUCCACACAAAGAAUCAAGAAUGCCCGUCGAUUGGAUAAGCUAUUCCUAUGCUGCUAUUGUGACGGUGGGUGGCAUUCUAGGAUAUGCUCGGAAAGGAAGUGUAAUGUCUUUGAUGUCUGGACUGCUUUUUGGAUCUCUAGCAGGAUACGGUGCUUAUCAAGUUUCAAAUGACCCGCAAAAUGUUAAGAUCUCAUUGUUAACUGCAGGAAUUUUGACCACCGUUAUGGGAGUGCGCUAUAAAAGGUCUGGAAAGAUCAUGCCUGCUGGUCUCAUUGCUGGUAUCAGCCUUUUUAUGGUUCUACGAUUGGUAUUUGUAAUGCUUUAAAUCUACAAUCAACUCACUGAAAUGUAUUUUAUAAAUGCCUUUACACUAAAAUAAUCCUUUAGAUGGUAAUUAUUCCACAAAAUGAUUCAAGAGAAGUCAAACUUUUUCUCAAGUAACACUCUAAUCGUAGGGGUCUGUAUUGUAACAAUAAUUGUUCUUUGUGCUUACAGUAUAUUUCUAUGUCAGGUUGUAAGUUUGCUCGCUGAGCUUUAGGUUUGUUCUCAGACAUUUUGUCACAAUGCUAGCAGAUAUCAUCAGUGAGCCUCCGAUGAAGCGCUGGUGUUCUGUCCUGCUUGCUAUUUAUCUGUCUUGGUCUGCUGUGGUGGGUGAUAUCACUUCUGGUUCGUUUUUUCUGAGAGGUUGGUAAAUGGGCUCCAAAUCAAUAUGUUUGUUAAUGGAGUUUCGGUUUGAAUGCCAGGCCUCUAGGAAUUCCCGUGCAUGUCUUUGCUCAGGAUGUCCCAUUCAAACUGAUGUCCCUGUUCAGCUGUGUGUGUGGAUAUUAGUGACAUUUGGUCAUGCCUUUUGGUGGCUAGUUUCCUGCCUGUCUGUCUGUCCACUUGUGUGCGAUUGAAUGCAACUUAAAUUGGCAUGAAUUCCAUCAAAACACUCUCUCUUUCAGAUGGUAUUAUUGAUGAAGUAACUCUUUAGACUGAAGUGUGAAGCAGUUUACAUACAGCUGUAAUUGGCCUUUGAUAGGUUUUGUCCUUUUUAGAAAUUUUGAAUGAAUGUAAUACAUUCCAUAACUCAACCUUGCUGAACUUAUUGGUUCUUCUGAGACAUUUGAUUGUAAAACAUACCUGUGCACCUACUGGUUAGUUCUAUACACGAUGAGACAGAGUUUAAGCUGAAUCUUAGGAGGGUUUAUAACCAUACACCAUCUGGUCAGUAAUCCAUCGGUAGGCAACAGAACAGAUUUAGUCUCUUCAACGGAAAAGGAUAUGUGCCUGAUCAAAUAUUCUGUCCACUGGGAAGUAAAAUAUCUUGGACACUCUUAGAAAACAAAAGAUUAACUGAUGAAGCAAAGAGUGGAGGUUUUAUCAGGGCAACAUAUCUUGACAAGAACAAUAAUUACAUCAUGACUGAUUAUUAAGGAGGAGGUUCAUUUAAAGAUGGAAAAUGAGUUCAGUCUUUUUAGAAGUCAAUACUAAAAGCAUUCCCAAUCUCAAGUUACACCACAAAAUUCUUGACUACUACAAAGUUAGUGAGGUAAAAUUAUGGUUUGGGUAAGUGCAUCAGGUUUCAUCUUUUGAGACUUGGUCGGACCCUGCUUCUGUAGUACUCUUUCUGUAGGAGUUCACACAUGCAGUGACCUAACAUUGUUGUUGUAAAAUCUGUACUUCCAAGGCUUGCAAGAAAUAAUGAUGCAAGAGAAUUCCACUUAAGCUGACCAGCAAGAUUGUAUUUACUCUUGAGAGUGCCUUAAUGCAAGUGCACAAGAAGAAGUGUGAUUGAUGCUAUGCAUGCAUUUCAUGAAGAAAGCUUGGGGCUCCAGUUAUUGAGUUAAAAACUACAGGAUCUCCCGUGUGCUUAGAAAAGAGCUUGAACACAGAACACAAUAUCCAAUCACCACAAGGGACACUUGAGCAUUCAAUAAACCUAUGAUAACUAAUUACUACAUUGCAUGACCUAGUGAUUGACUCCAGUUUAGGGGUUGCUAUCUUAGCUGUGGCAGUCAGAAUGCAAUUCAAUUCUAAUUCCAUAAGCCUAGGAGAGAUUUGGUGGUGGUCUAUAAAUUCUGUGUUUAUCCUAACAUAACUUACAGUCUCCUCUAUUGGGUCUAAUUGAUAAAAUUUUUCCUUCCAAUGCAAUUAAUUUUUAGUUCCGAGAAAAUUAAAGCUUUAUAGCAUCUUAAAAUUUCCAUUGUCUUUGUAAGAAGUAAGUCUACUAUUUCUUCAAUAAAAAUAUACUUUGCUUUUUCCUA